UUGAAAUGAAAACUCGUGCAACAUCACACACAAUUUGUUUGUUAUUUUUUAUUUUGAAUAUUUAUAAUAAUACAUGUUCUCUGCUAACUCAAAGUAAAAUUUAAUGAAGGCUUGAUUGCAAAUAAUUUUUUGAUGAGUUUGAGACGCUGCAGUACUACAAAAAUGGUUGCAAAAUCCAAAAACAAAGUAAUACCAUGCUCAACCCCAGAACAAGUAGAAUCACCGUCCAGAGAUAGUGACUCUGUAUGUGAUUCUGAUGCUGCAAGUCCUGUACCAUUUCUGUGCACACAAGAUGGUGCUGAAGGCGAAACAGACGUUGUAUGGAAUUUUUACACCCCUAAAUCAGAGCAUGCUGUAAGUUCACGUUUAAAAAACUCCACACCGCUAAGUAGGAAAGCUAAGAAAACAGUGAAACAUAAAUUGAUAGAAAAGCAACUUCCAAAACGUAGACCACUAAGAUCUUCUCUAAAAAAGACUGAAUUAUUACAAGAAUUAUAUGAACUUAACCAAAAUUUAAAUGAGUUGCUCUCAAAGAAGUCUGAAAAUCAGGUGUCAAAGAAUGAAGAAGACAUUUUUAAUGACACUCCCGAGUCAACAAAGGAUUCUCCUAAAAGUGGGUUAAAGAGUAACACAAAGUGUCUCAGAAGAAAUGUCUUGAGUUCUAAGUUUAGUAAGCCAGAUCCUGAGGCUGCAUUGGAAUCUGAUGAUUCUAUGAAUGAAUGCCUUUUGAAAGCUAGCCAAGCAGUUGAAAAUAUUUUGGAAUCUGAACCCAUAGCACCUAAACGUGGACGCUAUAGCACUAGAAGUAAAUUAAGUUUGGUAAACAUUAAACCUGAUUUUAGUUUUAAAAGUAAUGAGGAUUCUUUAGAUGCUAUAUUAAAUUGUAUUAAAAUUGAGUCGCCAGCAGUGAGCAAACUUAAAAAAACUGAGUCACCUGGUAUGAAUAAUGACUCGUUUGAUAAUUUAGUUGGCAAUUUGAAUGAUAGUGUGAUUGAGCAGUUGACACAAAUGCCUAUUAGGAAUGGUAUAUCUAACAGAAAUAGUAAAUGCCAAGAGUUAUCUGAUUGGAAAGUGCAAGAAGUAGUAGUACAUGACGGAAGUCCAUCUAAUGUUUUUGGCCGCCAUAAUUCUAUGCCAGAGUCCCCAGUGAUCAAUUGUGAUAAGCCUUCUACAAGCGGAAUGGCUUUUGGGAGGUACAAUUCAAUGCCAUAUGGAAAUAAAACUAUUAAUAGAGCAGAGCCUGGAGAUUCUCCAAUAAGAUGCAGCCCAGAUCAGAUUGAGAGAAAACGUCAGCAAGCCAGGGAAAAAUUGUUUGCUAAGAGACUGUUGCCAUUUACUUCCAGCCAAAAUAGUCAGCCUCAAAAUUCCCAAACAAGUCAGCCUCCGUCAAGAAAAGCUCUAUUCCAGCCAAAAAUUCCUAGUGCAGCAGUUAGAAAGCCUACAGAAAUACAUAAAGUCAAUCAACAAAAAAUAUCAGAGUCUACACAUAAAAUUAGUCAACCAAAAUCAAAUGGACCUGUAGAUGUUAAAUCAUUGAUUGAAAAAAAGAGACAAGAAGCUUUAAUGAAAUUAAGACGUCGACAACCACAAUGUCCCCAGUCAAAAUAAACAUUUUAAUAAUAUUGUUAUUCAUGGGCACUGUAAUACGCAGCAAAAGACUCUUUAUUGUAAUGUCUUAAGGUUUAUUCAAAUGACCAACAAUACAUUUUACUUAGGUUUAGCACCUUGAGGAUUCUGCAAUAAAAUAUUUUUUGCUGUUUUGUACUUGUUAAGCAAAUAGCUGUUUGGGUAGGGUGAAGAUUAUCAUGUUUCAGUUGUGUAUUUAAUAUUUUGUUUUACACAUUUGUGCCUUUAAAUUUUUUUAUGCUAGUUAAUGUAAAAAGAUAAAUGUGAUGCUGAAAUAUUUUUUAUAUUUAUAGGCCACUUGUUUGACCGAUCCUAUUUAAUUUCAGUGAUUAAUUAAAAUUAUGAUAUUAAUUUUAUUUCUCUUUACCAUUUAGAUUUCAUAACAUAUAAUUUCUGUGAGUGUUUUAUUUCUAAGAUAUAAUAUAAACAGCAAUUUUGCAAAAUUGCUUUAAAAUUUUGAGUAAAAGUAUUUGGUUAUUUAUACCAAAAUUACAGCCCGGACGUACGCGUAAGUUUUUUUGCUUGCUUUAAAAAGUGCUCUAUAGAGAGAGAUACUGGGCUUAUCCAUAAAAAAAUAGAAUAACCAUGUUUCUGAAAAUUCUGCUAUCUGAUCAGAUUUCUAUGGGCUUUUCUUUGGUUAGGCCUAAAGAAGUUAUAUGAUAAAAAUGAAUAGCUUAACGUGGUGUUUCCAAAGACU